AUGAGGUCCGCGAGGAGAGCAAUGCUACUUGAAGAAUUGAAACGCAUCACAAGUAACGAGCAAAAUUUCAUCACCGAACGCCGAGAACUCUACUCUCGCCUCGAGGUUCCCAUCAGCGUCGGCAACACCACGAUGUAUCAGUCCAGCGCGGGUCUUUCCGAGCUCCUGCAGAUUUCUACCACAAGCCGACAAGAGCAAGAAACGCCGGUCCAUCCUCGGCGACGGUGCCAUCCCCAAGUCCUGCUGGUCAGACUCCAAAACUGCGGGUGGCCUAGGCCGAGCCGAGACCCCGUCACACAAGCCGGAAACAAGAAGGGAUCUAUCACAUCGAAGGAAACAGGUCAGAUGGUACGCACGCUCACCACGGCAGAGGGAAGCCAAAGUACGGUGUCCAGCACCACGAGGGUGUCUCAGCAGGUGUGCAGUUCCGCAGCGAUCGUGCCCGUCGACUCAACAGGCCAAGUCCAACGGUGCAAACUUUCAAGCUGGCCAAUGCUCUGGCUGAAGUGCAAGGAUUUCGAGAAACUCAUUCAGUCUGUCAACAUGCUCCUCGAUGCUCGCAAAGUGUCUGAGCAGGUUAGAGUAAAAUCCGUGUACUCGAAGCCGCGAAGAUGGAGCGUGAGCGCAAAAUCGCGAGAAGCUGCUGGUAUCUCGGGGCCAAAUUGCUGA